CUUUCUUUCUUUAUUAUUUCUCUCCGUAUUAUACUACAAAUCCUUUACAAAAGAAUAUGACAGGACAAACAGUCGAAGGACCAUUCGGUGUAGUUGACAUGGGUUCCAAUGGAAUUCGUUUUAGCAUCGUCAAAUCACUCGAGCGGCAUCUUCCAGUAGCUUAUGAAGAACGAGCACCAAUCUCUUUGUUUGAAUCCCAAGGUGAUGAACGUGUCAUUCCUUCGGAGACGAUCGACCAAGUCAUUACUAGCUUUUUACGUUUCAAGCAGCUGUGUCAACAAGCUAAAGUUAAACCUGAAAACAUCAAUGUCCUUGCAACAGAAGCAACACGUGUGGCUACAAACUCUAAGGAAUUUCUCCAAAAAAUCUUUAAGGAAACAGGCUGGGUUGUAUCUUUGCUGAGUAAAGAACAGGAAGCCUUAAUUUCAGCCGCUGGAAUUGUUGGAUCUUUCUACAGUGUUAAUGGUCUUACUAUGGACCUAGGAGGUGGUUCCGUGGAAUUAAGCUAUGUGACAAAUAAAAGUCAUGAGGAAGAUGAAGGCACUAUGGGAAUUCAAGUCUGCCCGGACCCAAUGUCGAUGCCAUAUGGCGCUGCUGCUCUGAAGCGACGUCUCGAACAAUCCUACAAAAGCAAAAAACGUGAAGCUCUUUAUGCAGAGGUUGAGGAUCAGAUCAGAAAAGCAUUUGUCCAAUCUAAUCCCCCUUCACAUCUUUUGGAGAAAGAUGGUUAUCGAAUGUAUAUGAGUGGUGGUGGAUUUAGAGCAUUGGGAUAUCUCUCCAUGGCUAGGAAGGCUCAAAGCACUGAUUUGCCCGGAAAGCACUCUGAUCGAAGACUCACUUACCCUAUUCCUAUUAUUAAUGGCUAUACCAUGACAGGAGCCGAGCUUGAGGAGUUGGUUACUUACUAUAAGGAUUGGGAGCCUGAAAAACUUGUCAAGAAACUAAAGGUUUUCCGUAUUUCCAAACGAAGAGCAAGCAUGAUUCCGGCCAGUUGUUUCCUGCUUUCUGCCAUCAUGAAGGUCAUUAAAAUUAGCCGAGUAUAUUUCAGUGAAGGAGGCGUGCGCCAAGGUUUUUGCUACCAAAAGCUGUCGGUGGCUGAGCAGCAAAAGGAUCCUCUCUUGGAAGGCAUCAAGGCUUACACCUCUCAGUCUUUAUAUCACCUAACUCCCAAGGAUCAUAACAAAAUAUUCGAAUUCAUUGUUGGUGGGCUUCCUAAGGUCUAUCUGAACCCUUCUCAUCCUCUUCAGUUGCAUCGUCUCUUACCUGCUGCGAUUCACAUUGCCAACAUGACCUCACACUUUCCUAAAGAAUCAAGAGCAUUUGUAGCCUUCCAUAUGCCUCUCGCUAGUGGUCCUCUUGCCAAUGUACCUGGGCUAGACCAUUAUGAACGUGCCGUUUUGUCUCUGCUAAUGGCUUAUAGACAGGGAGGAGCUGUUCCGGACCCUAUCUUUUACACUAUCCAAAAGAUGGUUGGGCGCAAUGGUAUUGAUGUUUGCAAGUACAUCGGAAGACUUAUGGAGCUAGUAUUCACUGUUUCUCCUUUGGAAGGCGGUGCUGAGCUUCUUCUCAAUAGCGGACUUACGCUCUCCAUGAUGCCUGUCGAAGAGGGUUGCAUUAGGUCUAGUAAUGAUGAUAGUGAUACGGCCGAUGAAGAUGGUAAUGGUAGCGAAGAAUACUAUCCACCUAUACGCUUGGUCGUCACACUACCCAAUAAGUAUUCUCCUAUGGUUGAUGCUCCUGCGGUCAUGUCCGUUAUCGAAAGUUUCGGCAAGAACAUUCAUAGCAAGAAAUAUGAUAUGGACGAUGAAUUCCGCCCUCAACACUUCCAACUAUUUGGCGUUUCAGUUGUUGAUCCAUUAGAGUAAAUUAUAAUACAAGCUACACCUUAAUAAAUAUAUAAUUCAAUUUAAAAUU